AGGGGAUCAAAACUUUUACAUGCAAAUAUAUAGGAAAAAGUCUUUAUAAAUCUUCUCAAGAACCACUUGUCCAGACAAGUUCAAAUUUACAUGGCAGCUUUCUGACAGUGCAGUGCAGAUUUUUAUAAAAAUCAUGGCCCCCAGGGAUAGGUUAGGACCACAAUAGGGAAUCAAAAUUUCACAUGCGAAUAUACAUGUAUAGUGAAAAUUUAUAGAUAUGGGCCAUGGUGACUCAGGUUAGCAAUGUGGCCCAUAGGCCUCUUGUUUUUAUAUUGCAUCACAAUGUCACAUUGGGUGGGGCAUUAUAUCCUAUGGACAUAUUUCUUGGGUUUUUUUAAUCCAUUCACAGAUCCUUCCGUACCUCAACCAACAGCCAACUCAUAUCCCCGCAGUCAAAACACAGAAACGCGAUGGAUUCAACCAAAUCAAACUAUGACAUUACCGCCGUCUGGUCACAACAUCCGAAACAGCAGAAAUGAAGAUGCCGUUAUUGCAGCUGCAGCUCUGAUGCACUAUGGCGGACAUCAUCAUGGACUAGGUCCUAGGAUGUACAAUCCAGUGGCAGGGGACUAUGGACUAUUGUGAAAACCUGCUAAAAACACUUUACUGAAAAUAAUUAACUUGCUGAAAGAAAUAACACCUAGAGAUACAGAGAAGAGCGUUGUUGACAAUGGAAGUUGGAGGAACUUGUGUACAUGUUUGGUUACUGUGGGUAGCCUCUAUGACAAUUCCUUGAUAUCGUUAUACCUGUAUAUUUAUAUGAGGGUAUUCAACUUCCCUGUGAUAUUGAUCCCAGUCAGUCUCUCUCUCUCUCUCUCUCUCUCUCUCUCUCUCUCUCUCUCUUCUCUCUCUCUCUCUCUCUCUCUCUCUCUCUCUCUCUCUCAAAACUGUAAUGUAAUAAAAGUCAAUGAUGCACAUCAAAACUUUAUGAGAUGUGAUACAAAUUAUUUAAUAAUUAUAUGUAUGAGGUUGUGAAAUACGUUUUCUGAAUAUUGUAUUUUAAAAGAGUGCAUUUCUAAUCUUAUGCAAUACUUAAACCUCAUUUUCAUAUUUAUGAACAUAGGUACAUGCAUAUCAGUUCUCAAACUUAAUGCCUGUUCAUUGACCCGAUACAGGCAAGUAAUCAUGAGGAUCGAUAAAUUUAAAUCAUUGUCUGUCCAUUGUGCCGUUAAAAAAAUUAUGUGUGUAUAAAAAUCAAGACCUUCACCUAUAAUGAGUUUCACUUUAUUUUGAAAUGUCCAAAAUACCAAGAAAUACGUAAUUUAUAUAUCAAAAAGUGUUAUUUUAGACGUCCAAGCAUUUUCAAAUUAAUUCAAUCAUUAAGUGUACAAAAUGUUAAAGAAUUGCGAAACUUAGGAAAAAUUUUAUUCUUAGCAGAGAAAAUAAGAAAAGAUAAUUCAUAAUUGUAAUUACAUCCCAUUUCUUUUUCUCAUUUAACACAAUUUUUUUCUUCUAUUUUUAUUUUCAUACAACUCUCACGCAAUCACCUAUAUUACAAAUAUUAUCUUUUAUACUUAUAUGUAUGUGUAUGCUGAUCUAUAGCUCUGAUUAUGUGUAUGUUGUUCACCUUAUAUUUCAUUAUGUAUAAAAUUGUAUAUCUGAAAUAGACCAGGUUAAAAAAGUCAAAUUCGAAAUAGGUAUAUAAGAAAUGACUUCUGAUUUUAUUUGAAAAUUGUUGAAACAUGAACAAAUUGGGAGACCUACAUCCCAAAAUGUCUGUCAUCUACCUGAUGUUAUUGAUGUUGUAGAAAUCUAGAGAAAACAAUGGAGGAGGAUUACUAUUGAUUUCUCCGAAUAUGAUUCUGAUUUAGCACUGUCUGAUAUUUCUGAAUAAAUCAAAAUUCAUUAUAAAAACUUGCAUUUUGAUAUCUUUGAA